ACCAUAUCGAGACUUACUAAGGAGCAUUUAUUUGCAUUUAUGGCCACGGAAAAGGAAAAGGUGGCUCCAAGCACCGAUGCUGAAAUCCGGCUGCAAAAACUAUGGAACAAAGUACUAAACAUUGAUACGGAUAAAAUUGGAGCUGAAGAUAGCUUCUUCCGUCUGGGAGGAGAUUCUCUAGAUGCAAUGCAUCUAUCUAAUCUUGCCCAAACUAGCGGCGUUCAACUCACAGUCGCUAAUAUCUUUAAAUAUCCAAGUCUUGCUGCCAUGGCUAAAAAGAUUGAAGCUGUCGGACAGGAGACAGUCGAUGAAAUUGAGCCCUUCUCAAUUCUUCAAGAAACACAAACAUUUGACACCAUUUUUGCAGCGGCGAUUGAGCAAUGUGGAGUUCAUAGGAGUGAAAUUGAGGACAUAUACCCCUGCACGCCGCUACAAGUUGAAUUCAUGCAGAAUUCUUUGGCACACCCGGGCUACUUUUCAAUCCAAUUCAUCUACUCUUUUGCCGAUGAUUUGGAUCUAGAAAGACUACGCCGAGCAUGGGAUGUUGUUGCUGCUUCCAACGCAGUUCUUCGCACACGGAUCAUCCAGUCAUCGUCUUGCUUCUACCAAGUGGUCAUGAAGUCUCCAGACUCAUGUGACAUUGCGCAGAACCUAGAGUCCUACCUGUCGCAAGACAUGAACAAACCCUUAGGCUUGGGGCAACAGUUGACUCGGUGUGCCAUAGUCAAUGAAGAUAAAACUGGUAAAAGAUAUUGGAUAUGGACUACACAUCACGCCACAUACGACGGCUGGUCUCGGCAGCUUCUCCUUACUGAGCUUCAGCGCGCCUACCGCGAUUCCACGCCGUCAAUUGAAAGAGUGAAAUUUAAUAACUACGUCCGUUACGUAACACAAAGAGAUCUUUCUGAUGCGGACAGUUUCUGGCAUACUCAACUAACUGGUUCGACCUCCAAGCCCUUCGGAACCUGGCCGGCCUCAUAUCAGCCUGCUGCAAAGUCAACCUUGCGUUACGACAUCAGCUAUUCCGAGAAGACGAGUCUAGAUGUCACAAUCCCCACAAUAUUACAGGCAGCGUGGGCAGUAACCGUCGCGAACUCUAUACACUCAAAUGAAGUGACGCUGAAGCUGACGUUGACGGGCCGUAAUGCACCAAUCUCUGGUAUUGAACAGAUGAUGGCACCAACGGCAACAACGGUGCCACACCGGCUUCGAGUGGAUGAGAAGCAACACACGCACAGAUUUCUCCAUAAUAUCCAGAAAUGGUGGGCAGAAGUAUCCCAGUUUGAGCAUAUCGGCUGGCACAGAAUCCGAAGCCUUAGCAAUGACGCUGCGACAGCGUGUGAUGCCGCUAUGCCAAUAGUUAUUCAUCCGCAGACUGGCAGCAGCUCCACUGAGUUGCAGUUCGAUUCUGCGCGCUUGUUCCGCGCAGCACCUUGCCAGUUCUUGAUGGACUGCUAUCUUACUGAAGCUGGUGUGGCAGUUUCAGUCUAUUUCGACGACAUUGUGUUUGGUGCAGGCGAGAUGCAACGGCUGCUGGCUCGGUUUGGUUUUGUGUUUGAACAAAUGUGCAGAGCAGGGCCAGAACAUAGGUUGCAGGACAUUCCAGUGGGAGAGUUAUAGGGUUCUAAUUGCUAGUGGUUCCGAUGAGAAGACAAAAGUGCAUCAUAUUGUAAAACAACAGUAUCAGAUAAAGCCGAGAUAGGAUUUCGAUGGGAUGUAAUAGAGGAAUAAAUAGUAAUAUCUCUGCUGAAUAAAGCACUAUUCUUUGAGUAUUAAUUAUUAAACAAUCAGGCUUUCCAAAAACCAGGUUCCGCAUAACGUGCUUGUAACUUGCUAAAAGUGGGUUGGCGGAGUUCUGGAGCUGAGAGCGGCCGCCGCCUCGGGCGGGUUUUUCCCGCUC